AUGGGACCGCCAAACCAUACCCUUGCGGAUCGCGUUAUUGGCCACAAUCGGGCACAACAAGCCUACUCCGAGUCAUGCUCACAAAACAGCCACAAAGAGAUCCUGCGCGAAAUCCAAUCCUUGCGCAUCUCAAUCACCACUCCAGAUCCUACAAAAGACCCGUCCUACGCGGAUGUUGCCUGCACACCUCCAACCCGUCAACUGAGCAAUAUAUGGAUCCUCUCAUUGUUUCACACGACACUGACCACUAUCACCGAUACAUUAUAUUGCACGAUAGAUACCUCAAAGAUGGCAGAUGAUGAAAGCAAUAGAAUGUCCGCAGGCUCAAUUAGGACAGCAGUUGAGAAAGAGAUCCGAAACAUGGAAAACCACAUGAACUGGAGAUGUCGCGCUGUUACCGUAGACCCAAAGAACACCAACCGGAUUAGAAUUGCUUGCCGAGAUGAAGCGGAACACCAGCUGGUUAAGAAAGUUGCAGAAGCAAAGAUUGGCGCCGGAGCCCGGGUGCUCCGUGACGAGCUUUACCCAAUCAAAGUCACAUCUCUCGCCGUAUGUAACCAUGCAUUUCACCACAACCCUGCAGUAUGGGGUGAAGACCACAGUAUCUUUAACCCAUGUCGAUGGGAUGAUCCCACCAUUGCCACAAAGUCUCGUCUUCUGAUGCAUUUCGGUCUCUGUGGCCGUCAAUGUAUCGGCAAAACAGUGGCUACAACCAACAUUUACAAGCUUUUGAGCACGCUCUUAAGGCAGUUUGAGUUUGAGUUGGCUAGCGACCUGGAGCGUAUGAAUGUAGCUAAGGGUUUGUACAAGGGCCAGAUUCCGGAGAUGGUUAGUGUUGGGAUAAGUGACUUAAAGGGCCCGUUGCUGGUGAAAGCUAAGAACAGAUAGCAGCCCUGAAUAUUGGAUGAUUUAUACAUGUGUUUCGCGUCUAUAUGUGUUGGAAGUGUGAAAGCAUGUACAAUGAGAGAUCAGGGCUACCUAGGUAGAAGAAGUAGCAACAUGACCAAUGGAUACUAGUUGAAGUUU